CGCAUGAUUCUUCUCCUUAGGUCAGCUCUUGUCUUCCAUUCAUCGGAUUCAAACAUUCCUAGACGACUUAUCUCCGACGUUUGGAGAUCGGCCGGCGCCUGCAAUCUUCACCGCAAUUCCCUGCAUUGCAGUCGAAGUUUGAGGCCAGUCUUAACAAUAUGAGUAACAAAUGCAAACGAGAGAAGAAAAAAAAGAAAAGAAAGAAAGAGAAAAGAGGAUUUCAAGUGAAGUGAUGAAGGAAAACUCAAUGAGCUGCCAGAAUACUGGCACUUAAAUUUUUUGAACACCAUUUCAUUAUCAGGCAUUUUGCUUGGAGGACUGCAGAAUCCUGGGGAACGCUGCUUUGGUUUUGCGGACUGAGUGAACUCGGUAGCCUGUGUCUACAGCGAACCGAGUCAACUCGGCGGGAAUUGAAAGAUCGGGUCGGACGUUGGGCACAGCCAGAACCGCACGGUCAUGCCGUCUGGGGAGAUGAGGCGCACCACGAGGGUGUUUGGGAUGGUGAAGGGUGCUGAUGGGGCUCGGGUUCUCCGUUCAGGGCGACGUCUGUCAACAGAAUCUGGUGGGGCGAAGGUCAGGAGGCCCAACGAUGGUGACGAGUGUUACCAGUUGGCGAAUAACUCCAACAGAAAUGAUGGAAUCGGAGCUGCAGCCAGGGAUUGCAAGGCCAAUGGGGCAGAGGAUGAAGAUCCGAUUAUAGGAUCUCUGAAAAUGGAGGUGGAGCCCAGGGAGGCUGGCGAAAGGGUAGAUAGGAUGUAUGGGCUUGUGUAUACUCGAAAAAGAAAGAGAACUGGGGUUGACAAUUUUUUGUCUAUUUCACAGGAUAAAAAAUAUGGCUUACAGUUCUCUCGCAGGCAAAGGGGGAAGACCAAGAAGUAUGGCAGUGGAAAAUUGCUGGGUUUUGAUGGGGCAGUGGUUCCUGAUCCACUUCAUUUUGAAGUGCCUCCUGUGUUCUGUUUUCUUGUCAAUAAUGGUGGUUCCUUUGGUUGGAGCUGGUGGUUUUCCUGUUUAUUGAGUUUGGUUUUGGGGUACAUGAAUAGGGCAAAGGUGAGGUUGCAUGAGCUUGCUGCAUUUUUGAUGUCUCAGCCUCUAUCAGGUGUUUACUGUUCAAAUGGUGUCAAAAUCGUUUUGGGUCCUUCUAAUGGCAUUGGAAUUUGCAAGAUUUUUCGAGCUGGGAGGUUUUCUCCUUUGUUUUCCAUUGAUUUUUAUGCAGUUCCACAUUGUUUCAUGCAUAUCCAUUAUAGUAUGCUUCUUACAUUGAAGUGCCUUCGGUAUGAUCCUUUAGAUGACUUGAUUGAUGAGGAUUCAGAUGAUGAAAUAAUGACUUUUACUGAAACACAGCAGAACAUGCCUUCAUUUGGCAACAGCAAAGUUGUUGCACUUGAUAGUGAUAAUCCCAGGAACAAAGCUGUGUUACCUCUUUCUGUUAGAACUUCCAAACUGGUUAGUCGAAGCAACCCAUAUAAAACUGGUUUGAGUUCUCGCGGUAUACAGAAGAGGAGAAGUUCACUGAGAAGGAGAGAUAAAAACCCUUCGCUUGGUGGUGUACAGAAGACUAGUGGAGGUUCACUCUCUGAUUUGACCAGCAGUAGGAGAAAUGGAAUUCCUUUUUCUUCUGUAGUUUCUAAAAGCAGGCUAAGGAGUUCGGUCUCCAGUAGCCCUGGUGCAAACUUACGAGAGUUGAACUCUACCAUGGCAGAUUUAGCUAAGGAUGUUGAUUUAUCCUGCUGCCCUGCGAGUAUAUUGGUGAUUGAAACAGAUAGGUGUUACAGGGAAGAAGGAGCUGUUAUCAAGCUAGAGCUCACAGCUUCAAAAGAGUGGCUUCUUGUGGUCAAGAAGGAUGGUAUGGUUAAGUACACUCACAAGGCACAAAAUGUUAUGAGGCCCUGUGCUAGCAAUCGCUUUACUCAUGCUAUAAUAUGGACUGGGGACGAUAAUUGGAAGCUUGAGUUUUCCUGUCGGCUUGAUUGGCUUGUUUUCAAGGAACUUUACAAGGAAUGCUCAGACCGCAAUGUGCCAACUUCUUCAGUUAAGGUCAUCCCUGUUCCUGGAGUUCAAGAAGUGGUGGGCAUUGAAGAUAUAGAUAGUGUGCCCUUUUGGAGACCAUAUUCAUAUAUCUCUGUGAAAGCAGAUGAGGUAUCUAGAGCAAUGGCAAAGAGGACUGCAAAUUAUGACAUGGAUUCUGAAGAUGAAGGAUGGCUUAAGACGUUCAAUAAUGAGUUUUUCACUGGAAGUGGCCGACUUGAACGCCUUUCGGAGGAUAGUUUUGAGCUAAUGAUUGAUGCUUUCGAGAAAGCAGAUUAUUGCUGUCCGGAUGAUUACUCUAAUGAGAAAGCAGCUGUUAAUCUUUGCCUUGAUCUUGGUAGCAGGGAAGUAGUAGAAGCUGUCUAUAGCUACUGGUUGAACAAAAGGGUGCAGAGACAAUCAGCACUGCUUAGGGUCUUUCAGGAACAUCAAGACAAGAAAGUACCCGUGGUUAUCAAACCAGUACUACGUAAAAGAAGGUCCCUCAAACGGCAGGCAAGCCAUGGAAGAGGCAAACAGCCAAGUCUUUUGCAAGCAAUGGCAGUGGAGCAAGGUGCGGCAGCAGAACAAAAGGCGCUGCGAAGAGUUGAAGCAACCAGAGUUUCAGCUCACAGGUCUGUGCGAUCAGCUUCAGAGAAAAGACAAAGGGCUCAGUUGCUCAUGGAGAAUGCCGAUAUGGCAACCUACAAAGCGAUGGUGGCAUUUAGAAUUGCCGAAGCUGCUCGAGUUGCUGAGCCCUUGGAAUCUGUUGUGGAUGCCAUCCUUUCCCCGAUUGAUGAAUAAGUGAUAUUUAGUUUAUGCUCGUAUGAACACAGUCACAGUCACAGCCACAACCCCCAGGUGAUUUUGGACCAUAUGGGGAACAGACUAUGUUUUUCUACUUUUAAGGAAGGGAAUACCGUACCUUUGUAUAGAUUUGAAUUUGGUGUACAUUCUGUAAUUUUGUAACCUUAGCCUAAUUGUUUUAUUAGGUAUUUGGUUUAUUUCCUUAAGGGGAGAAAGAAUCAAAAAUAAAAGAAAAUUACAGAAAUUUCUAGACAUCUGCCAGGUAAUUAUU